AGCCGAUCCUGGGUGCGCAUCCGCGCCCCGGGGCUGCGGGGGAGCGGCCCCCAGUGCCCGCAGCAGCUGCGCUGUGACCGCUGCGGCAGCUGACGCGGGUUUCCCUGCUGCGCUACGCUGCGUCUCACGAGCAGGUGACGCUUGGUCCGUGCGACGCGGGCUCACACAGGACGCAGGGUGAGGUGGCGACGCGAGAGUUUGGGAAACGUUCCCGAAGAAAAUGCCAAAAGGUGGUGAGCACUGCCUGGAGCCCUCUGAGCACUGCCUGGAGCCCUCUGAGCACUGCCUGGAGCCUGCUGAGCGCUGCCUGGAGCCCUCGGAGCACUGCCUGGAGCCUGCUGAGCGCUGCCUGGAGCCUGCUGAGGAUGCCUGGAGCCCAGGACAGCAGGAGCAGGCUGUAGAUCAUGCGAGGCUGUGCCCGUGUCCUCGCUGAGCUGCCCACCUGGCCUGUCCCCACCGACACCAUGGGAGGAUGCUUCUCCAAGCCCAAGCCAGUUGAGGUGAAAAUUGAAGUUGUGAUACCUGAGAAGGAGAGAAGCAAGGAGGAGAUGUCACCCAACGGGAAAGCCAGCCCCCUGAUCUAUAAAGUCAACGGGACUGCCCGGCAUUAUCACCUCGAGGAGCAUCCCAUUGCCAGCAACCCCUACCACAACCCCAAGGACGUGGUGGAAGCGUCCGUGUGCCACGUGAAGGACUUGGAGAAUGGACAGAUGCGGGAAGUGGACCUGGGCUGCGGGAAGGCUCUGCUCAUCAAGGAGAGUGGCGAGUUCCACGCCGUGGGACACAAGUGUCCCCACUACGGAGCUCCUCUGGUCAAAGGGGUUUUGUCCAAAGGAAGAGUCCGCUGUCCCUGGCACGGAGCGUGCUUCAACAUCUCCACCGGUGACAUAGAGGACUUUCCUGGCUUGGACAGCUUACCCAGGUUCCAGGUGAAGAUCGAGAAGGAGAAGGUGUACAUCCGAGCGAGCAAGCAGGCUCUUCAGACACAGAGGAGGACAAAGAUGAUGGCAAAGUGCAUCUCCUUGAGCAACUAUAACCUGAGCAGCACCAAUGUACUGAUCAUCGGUGCAGGGGCAGCUGGACUGGUUUGUGCAGAGACCUUGCGCCAGGAGGGUUUCUCAGACAGGAUUGUGAUGUGCACUAUGGAUAGGCACUUGCCCUAUGACAGACCAAAGCUCAGUAAGUCAAUGGAUUCCCACCCAGAGCAGAUCGCCCUACGCCCCAAGGAGUUCUUUCGCACCUACGACAUUGAGGUCCUGACUGAAAUGCAGGUUGCAGCUGUGGAUGUCAAGAACAAGACAGCUGUGUUCAAGGAUGGGUUUAAGAUGGAGUACAACAAGCUGCUGAUAGCGACUGGAAGCACGCCCAAAGCUCUCAGCUGCAAAGGCAAGGAGGUGGAAAAUGUUUUCAACAUCCGGACACCAGAAGAUGCCAACCGUGUGGUGAAGCUGGCUACGAGCAAGAAUGUGGUUAUCGUGGGAGCAUCCUUCCUGGGGAUGGAGGUGGCUGCCUACCUCGCAGAGAGGGCUCACUCUGUGUCACUGGUGGAGCUGGAGGAAGUCCCCUUCAAGAAGUUCUUUGGGGAGAGGGUUGGCCGCGCUGUCAUGAAGAUGUUCGAGAGCAACAGAGUGAAGUUCUACAUGCAGACAGAGGUGUCGGAGCUGCGGGAGCAGGAGGGCAAGCUGAAAGAGGUUGUGCUGAAGAGCGGGAAGGUCCUGCGUGCCGACGUGUGUGUUGUUGGUGUGGGUGCGGUGCCAGCCACGGGCUUUCUCAAGCAGAGUGGCAUCAACAUCGACUCCAAAGGCUUCAUUGUGGUCAACAAGAUGAUGCAAACCAACAUCCCUGGAGUCUUCGCAGCUGGGGACGCUGUCACCUUCCCGCUGGCCUUGAGGAAUAAUAAGAAGGUGAACGUCCCUCACUGGCAGAUGGCCCAUAUGCAUGGCCGUAUUGCGGCGCUGAACAUGCUGGCGCAUGGCACGGAGAUCAGCACAGUCCCCUACCUGUGGACUGCCAUGUUUGGGAAGAGCAUUCGGUACGCAGGCCAUGGGGAAGGAUUCGAUGAUGUUGUCAUUCAGGGAGACUUAGAUGAACUGAAGUUUGUGGCAUUUUAUACCAAGAGGGGCUCCAGGAGGUGGCUUUUGGGUACCAGGAGGGCAUCCCGCACCGAAAGUCGGAGGAGCGACGAGGUGGUGGCUGUGGCCAGCAUGAACUACGACCCGAUUGUGUCCAAGGUGGCAGAGGUCCUGGCUGCGGGCAGGACCAUCCGGAAGCGUGAUGUGGAGCUGUUUGUCCGUCACGGCAAAACUGGAGAUAUGUCCUGGCUAACUGGGAAAGGCUCCUAACGUGGCUGGUGGCUGCACCCUCCUGAUGCUGCAUUCGCCAUGGGGACGGCAGGGACACAGCGGCUGAGUCACUUCCCCCAGAGACAUGGC